AUGGACAGCGUCUCCGUUCCUACCCAUCCAUUUUCUCCGACUUACCAACCAGUCCCUUUACUUCUCCAAGUGCCUGGGCUCUUCGUACCCUGCUCCGAAGGAAAUUUGCCGCCUAGUUCUUUGCCGGGCAAUGAGGCACCGGGCGAACCAGUGCCUAAGAAUUCCGCCACUGCCAUGCCAACUACAGAGGAUGCCAAUUAUUCUUUUUCCCAAGCCGUAUCUCAGCUCCCUUUACUCCACCCAGAGGGCUAUAAGCCAGCAGACUCAACUUCACAUCUGAAAGGUCUCCAUUUGCACAUAUCUGCAGACUGUCGGCAACGGAUAAUUAACGAGCUGGAAGAUUUUUCCAAUUGUAUUGAUGGAAAAUUUACUCUACCAUCAAGACACGUACUGGCUAGGUUUUUUGGGGGAUAUUUUAGCUCUUUCCAUGAUCACUUUCCCUUUCUCCACGUUCCGUCUCUUAGACCCGAGAAUAUCACGGCAGAGUUAUUCAUCGCCAUCGCAGCAGUUGGAGCUCGAUAUACUCAUGAGUUGAGCAUAAGCAUUGAUCUAUUUCAUGUGGCAAAGGCCUUGGUGCUGGAACGUAUUCGCAGGCGUAAAGCCACACGCCGUAUCGCUGCCGAUGGAAAGAGAUUUCAACCACCACCUGCAUCAAGCAUGCAGUUAGAAGAAAGUAGCCGUCGACGAGAUCCUAGCCUCCUCAGAGACAGGCAACAAAAUGCUAUUCAAACAUUAGAAACAGUGCUUCUUUUGGUUGCGAUCACAACUUGGUCUGAACCAGGAUCCGCGUUAGAUGCUCUGUCGAUGCGCAGCAUGUUGGAUUGCCUCAUCAGGGAAGAAGAGGAACUUCGUAUGCACCAAGAACUAUACGAUGAUUGGGAAAGCUGGAUCCGUCAUGAGAAUAUUAAGCGAAUCCUCUUUGUUGCAUUCUGCUUCCUGAAUAUGCAUACCAUCGUAUUCGAUCUCCCACCUCUUAUGUGGGCAAACGAGUUAAAUGCCGACCUCCCGAGCUGUGAAAAAGAGUGGAAGGCCCAGAGCGAAGAGGAGUGGGAAUUUAUACGCAAGUCUGUGGCUCAAACGGGCCCAAGUUUUCGAGAUGCUUUCAGAGGGCUGUUUUGUGGCAUCACGGAGACGCACGAGAGGCUAAAGAUGAAUCAACCGAGUUUCUCUUCAUUGGGAGGAUGUGCGCUAAUACAUGCUUUGAUUCAACAAAUUUGGCUCGUGCGAAAUGUCCGACUUCCUCUUCAACGGCCUGAAGACCGCCUCUCAGCAGACCAGAUGAGCGCUUUUGAGAACGCCCUUCGAACUUGGGCUAUACAUUGGGAACAGAAUCAAGAGUCUUCAAUGGAUCCCUUGAGCCCCCAUGGCCCAAUUGCCUUCACCUCUACAGCUCUUAUGAGGCUGGCCUACAUUCGACUUAAUAUGAAUUUGGGCCCCAUACGCUAUCUAAGUAGCUGGAAUCCCCGAUUGAUCGCAGAGUCGCUUCAUGCUAGUCCCUCAAUUCAGCGAAGCGAGAGAAUGACUCAGGCGGCCCUUCAUUGUGCGCACGCCCUUAGCAUUCCAGUUAAGUUAGGCCUUAGCUAUAUCGCCGAAACCCAAGUCAGGUUUUGGUCAAACCAGCAUGCUUUAUGCUCCCUGGAGUGUGCUUUAUUGCUCUCAAAGUGGUUAGAUUGCGUCACAGUGAAAGGCCCCAGCCCACCUUUGACACAAGCAGAGACACGGCUCCUGGAGUUUGUGGCUCAGCUAGUUGCGGAAACAGAAUAUAGGGUUGUCUCUGGGAAAACAAACGAGAGAAGUGUCUUCCUCAGUGUGCAGACAGUGCGUCUAUGGGCACGAUUGUACCAAUCGAAGAGCGUGUGGGAGGUAGUUACUCUGAUUGGCGCCUCGCUAAACGUAUAUGCGGAUCUAUUAGAACAGGACUACUUGCUGACUUAA